CUAAACAAUGCGUCACCUCCUGUAAUGAUCUGGGAGUAUUUCCCUUUUAAGACCAGGAGCGGCGCGUGACCGCGUGAGUCUGCAGCAAGUGUGUGAGUGAGCAGCCGGACUAUAAGCGUGGCUCAUGUUCAGCAUGAUUAAUUAAAAAAAAUAAAUAAAAUAAAUAAAAAAACGUAAAAUGUUUUAACAGUAAACUGUGUCGUAGUGUGUGGAUCACUCGCUGAACAACAGAACAGCUCGAUUAAAGUGUACAGGUUUAAGAUGAGAUGGAAUCGAACCGUUGAUGAAAAAAAUGAAAAAGAAAACAUAUUGGCUGAUAUAUUGAUUUGCUUGGGGGUUAACCCCAAACAGUCCAAGCGACGUCCCUGUUUCUUUUUGAAAGAAGUCACACACGAAAUAAGAAGAACGCAUGCUAUGCCAUGCAGAAAAAAAAUCGUCACGUAUCUUACCAAAAGUCACUGCAAGUCUAUACUGUAUAAGUUUAUUUAUAUGCUAGAUUUCUUUCUACUAUAGUGCUUUAAUAUCCCGUCAACACCACACAGUGUCGAAACAGUUCUGGUGUAAUAGCUCUGGUUUCCACACACUGCGUAUAUGUGGUAUUGUUGUGCCAUUGGAAGUAGCUCCUGAUUUGACUUUCAGACUAAAAGCCAGUGGAGAGCAAAUGGCGCUGACUGGCGUUAAACAGCACUGUCACGUGACUGCGUUUUCACUUCUUCAGCGUUUUUACAUUUUGCUCAGCCUUUGCUGGUGUAGCUUUAGCUCUGUUCGACCUCAGGUCUAGAUUUCGUGACAUGAACAAGACUGGACCCCCAGACUAAGAUGAACCGUUUGUAUUUUAUCUUCUUGCUGCUUGUUUCUGUUAAACUAAAGCAGGUAUAUGGAGUGUGGCCCAUGCCGCAGCGCUUCACGCAGUCUAAUGAGCGCUAUGUUUUAAACCCUCACCUGUUCACUUAUAACUACGCGAACGGUUCAGCUGCGCAAGUCGGAUGCUCUGUCCUGGAUGCUGCCUUCAAAAGAUACUUCAGGAUCAUUUUCCCCGACUUUUCAGAUGGAACAGGAUUCAGUAAUACUUGGUCUGAGCCCAAACCCUUCACAGUAUCAGUGAGUGUCAGAAGUGGUGGAUGUGAAGAAUACCCUGAUGAAGGUUCAGAUGAAAGUUAUAACCUGAGUGUGUCUGCAGGUCAAGCAGUUUUAAGAGCAGAGUCAGUGUGGGGAUCCCUGAGAGGUCUGGAGUCCUUUAGUCAGCUGGUAUACCAAGAUGAUUAUAACUCAUAUUUUGUCAAUAAAACAGAAAUUGAGGACUUCCCACGAUUUCUGUUUAGAGGGCUUUUGCUGGACACAUCAAGACACUAUUUACCAGUACAUUUUAUACUGAAAACUCUGGAUGCCAUGGCUUAUAAUAAAUUCAAUGUAUUUCACUGGCACAUUGUGGAUGAUCCUUCUUUCCCUUACCAGAGCCACACUUAUCCUGAUUUGAGCAACAAGGGAGCCUUUCACCCUGUGACUCACAUUUACACGCAGACAGACGUGAGGAAGGUAAUUGCUCAUGCAAGAUUCCGAGGAAUCAGGGUGGUGCCAGAGUUUGAUUCUCCUGGACACACUCAAUCGUGGGGUAAAGGACAGCCAGACCUGCUGACGCCCUGCUACAAGAAAACUGUUCCCUCUGGAACAUUUGGCCCCAUCAACCCAACUCUGAGCUCCAGUUACCAGUUCAUGAACAGCCUCUUUAAAGAGGUAACUUCUGUAUUUCCUGACUCCUUUGUUCACCUUGGGGGCGAUGAGGUUGACUUCACAUGCUGGAAAUCAAAUCCAAAGGUACAGGCAUUUAUGACAAAGAUGGGCUUUGGGCAUGACUACACCAAACUGCAGUCCUUCUAUAUGGAAAGUAUUAUGAACAUCACUGCUGCCUUCAACAAGACCUCCAUUGUUUGGCAGGAUGUUUUUGAUUACCACAAGCGAAGAAGGGCUCAGUAUGUAGUGGAGGUGUGGAAAAGAGGAUGCUACCUGUGUAAGGUGCGCCAAGUGGCUAAGGCUGGACUGAAGGUCAUCCUGGCAGCACCAUUCUAUCUGGACCUGCCUGGACCCACACACGACUGGGCUCGCUACUACAUCGUGCGUCCCCUCUCCUUUAAGGGCACAGAGCAGCAGAAGAAGCUGGUGAUUGGUGGUGAGGUCUGCAUGUGGGGAGAAUAUGUGGAUGCAACCAAUCUCAGUCCACGCCUAUGGCCUAGAGCGAGUGCAGCUGCUGAGAGGUUAUGGAGUAAUGAAGAGCAGACAUCUAGUGUUGAUAAAGCCUUUCCUCGCCUACAGGACUUCCGCUGUAAAAUGAUAAGACGUGGCAUUCAAGCAGAACCUCUAUUUAUAGGAUACUGCAAACAUGAGUAUAUCGGUCUGUAGAAUACAUGGAUCAGGACAGGAGCAAGAGAAACUGUUAUACACAGGGAAUAUGCUUGCGGUUUUUAAGAUCAUUUUAUAUUUAUUACUAAUACUUGAAUAUAAUGUUUAUCCUAUAUUGCAGUGAAUUCAUUCUAAAGAGAAAAAUCUCAGUGAUUUAUAAAACAGCAAGGGAAAUAGCCAGAAUUUCAUUUUAAUAUUAAUAUUUAAUAUUUGGGACUGUAAAUAAAUUGCUGAAGUAAAGCAUGUACACAUUUAAUGAAAUUUCCUUCUUCCAUUACACUGGUCUCAUCUCACUAGCAGCAGAUCCUAUUAAGGCUGAUGGAGUUUACACCUGAGCUUAAUUAGGACAUAGUGAGAUGCGAGUGUCCUGAAAUAUCAGAAUGACAGUGCUGUGCAGACCACAAUAUGGCAAUACAAUUAGGGAAUUAAAGUCUGGGACAUAAAUAACAUGUAUUCAAUAAAACAUAUAAAAUGCAACUGAGCUUCACAGUAAACAUGUUAUUCAGA